AUGUCUCGCGUCUCUAAUCAGCCAAACGUGCGUAUCGACUUCUCAUUGAAGCUCACCUCUGCGCCCACAAUCUCCACUUAUCUUUCUGUCCACUCGUUGUGCGCCGCCUCUGUCAAGGAAGAGUUGAGUCCGAUGCCGAUUCCCAGUCUUACUAACAAUACCCACCCGCAAUGGUGGAGGGAUCCCGGCAUGCGGAAGCUCAAUGUCCUGCUUCUUACGUGUUAUCUGGGCGCGAUGUCUAACGGCUACGUUAGUUCGCUUAUUUCGAGCCUGAUUGCGAACCCGAGGUGGUUUCAAGACCUCGAAGGCCUCUCGAAUAUAACACUGUUGGGCCUAGGUGUUGCAGCUCAGCCUCUGGGCUCUAUCGCAGCCUUCUUUCCAGCACCUUGGCUCUCAGAUAGAUACGGCCGCCGCGCCGGAAUUAUGAUUGGGAAUCUGGGCAUGACAGGCGGAUUUAUUGGACAGAUGUUUUGCAAGUCGUCUGGUGUGUUCCUCGCCAUGCGUCUUAUCGCUGGGUUUGCUUCCAUUUUCAGCAUUAUAUCUUCAUCAGCUCUGUGCCUCGAACUUGCCCAUCCUCGUCAAAGAGCUGUUGUCGGUGCCUUCUUCAAUACGUUCUUCUUCGUUGGCUCAAUCACUUCCACUUGGGCCUCGUAUGGAGCUCUGAAUAUCCAAAGUUCAUGGUCAUGGCGGCUGCCGGUGGCUGUCCAAUUAUUCUGGACCGUUUUACAGUCUGGUUUGAUUUUGUUCUGCCCAGAAUCGCCUCGUUGGCUCGUGGCACAUGGGAAAGAAGAGGAGGCUAAGGCGGUUUUAGCUACUUUCCACGCUAAUGGUCACACUGAUGAUGAAUUGGUACUUUCCGAAUUCUCUAAAAUCAUCGCAUCGGCUGAGCUAGAGAGUGGAAGCCGUCAUGUCGGUUGGGGAUCCCUUUGCACCACGCCUGGAAACCGAAAACGGCUUGUAUUAUCCAUCGCUAUUGGCAUAGCGACUCAGUGGGUGGGCAACGGCAUCAUUACUUUCUACCUGGCUCCGGUGUUGCAGACCGUCGGUAUUACCAGCUAUUUCAAACAGCAAGGCAUCAAUGGCGGUCUCCAGAUUUACAACUGGGUUUUGGCAUGCGGCGCAGCGCUUCUAGCCGAAAGAGUGGGCCGACGCUUCCUAUUCUUGACUUCCGCCGGUACCAUGCUGCUCUUCAUGAUCAUGGUCACUGUCUGCUCUGCACAAUACUCGAGUACUCAAUCCACUUCUGCAGGCUAUGCAGUAAUAGUAUUCCUUUUCCUAUUUCUUGGUGGGUAUGUCAUCGGUCUGACGCCUAUCCCCGUCCUUUACAUCAACGAAAUCUGGCCUAGUCACCUGCGCGCAAAGGGGGCCAGUAUAUUCUGGGUAACACAGGCUGUCGCCACAUGCUUCAAUCAGUAUGUGAACCCAAUCGCACUGGAGAGGAUUAUGUGGAAGUAUUAUCUCGUUUAUGUGGGCAUAUUGGUCUUCGUAGUCGUAUUUAUGUUCUUCUACGUACCGGAAACUAAGGGAUUGUCUCUGGAGGAAGUCAGUAACAUCUUUGACCGGCAGCAUGUCGAUGCUGUCGAGCUAGACGUGGUCGUUCCUCACGCGAACAAUCCACCUAUCCUAGGUAACGGUUGA